AUGCAUCAGGCUUUACUUGUUCCUGAAAUUCUUCUAGAAAUAUUCGCCUAUGUGAAUACAAAACCAUCUACAUCGACCCAGAAAUUGCUUGCAGCGCUUGCAAGGACAUGCAAAAUCUUCCAUGAGCCCGCGAUGGAUUUGCUGUGGACUGAAAUCCAUGGUGGUACAAGGCUGCAGUCGGACGAGCGUAUUUUCUGGGCGAAAGGCGUCAAGCCACUAUCUGCCCAUGAGGCCCGUCAAUUUCUGCGUCACUCCUCCCGUAUACGCACAUUGAACAUACGAGGUGCCCAUUCCCACCUUCUCUCUAUCAUUCCCGCCGAGGCAUGCGUAUUUCCGAGGCUGAGGUCGUUAAGUCUUUCAACCGCAUAUUUGAACCUCUUUCUGCCUCACACGUUUCACCAAUGUCAUCUAUUGACUGUCGACGAGGGUCUGAAAUCUUUCGUGACACGUUGCAUUGCUUUGGAGCAUUUGUACAUCUACACCGACUUCUUCUAUAACAGCACAAGUCAGCGGUCCCUGCUAUCCGAUAGGAUUCGUUGGUGCACGCGGCUUGUAACUCUGUCUUGUCCAACGCUCGAUUUGGCAACAUGGAAGCAUCUCUCCUGCCUCCCUACUCUUCUUAAAUUGGAAAUUGAUCAGUCACGGUGGUACGGUGAUCCUCCUUCGCCAUCAGAACAGGAUAUCAUGAAUAUAUCACCAUUCCUUAAUAUCACAACUCUUUCCUUUGGACGGCUGUUCUAUGUUGUAGACAUCAUCAUGGUCAUGCAACACUCACAAUUUCCCUCGCUGAAAGAGUUCAGGUUUGAAGCCGACCAUCUGUCUUCAGAAGAGGCCGAGGAACUCUUUCAUGCUCUGUCCCGCUGUAAAGCGUGUCGGACUCUAGAAGAAAUCAUCAUUUGUUCUCCUGAUGACUGUGGCCUUGCACCCAUAAACAACGAGCCUUUGAAAUCAAUUCCACAUUUCCUUUGCUUUACACAGCUUCGAACCCUGCGGCUCAUGUUUUGCAAUCCCUACAUCUACCUGGACAAUGACAUUCUCUUGCAAGCUAUGUCUAGUUGGCCGCACAUCCGCACUCUGGAAAUCAACUACUUAGACGGCCAUCUUUCUUCUUCCGAAGUCUCCCUCCAUGGAUUAUUCACAGCGCUCAGUCUAUGUCCACAAUUGCAUACACUACGCAUUCCAAUCAAUAUUCCAAAUAUCGACGUUUAUCCUGAUGCUGAGCCAAUACAACAUACCUCCCUACGAACUUUGGAACUUUUGGAUAUAUCCCAGUCUCAAAUAGAAGAUGCUGAAACUCUCGCUCGCAUCAUUUCCGCCUGGCUCCCUUGUGUCGACGAAGUUGAAAGCAUGGAUGGGAGUUGGGAUGAAGUCAACAAGCAUCUCAAAUCUUCGACAGCGGCUACUGCGCUGUAUGUCGCGGGAGCCUCCUAGAAUAGUUAAGUUUGGAAUACCUUCACGUCUGGGAAUGUUGUUA